AUGACGGCCGAGCCCGCGCCCGCCGCGUCGACGACGUCCGGCACUUCAGUGGCAGCCACGCGGGUAAAAUCGUCGGCCUCGACCAGGAGCCAACUCGGAUACCCGUCCGGGCAUCUGGGACACUUGAGCGAGCACGAGGCCGAGGCACUGGCCAAGUUCAAGGAUGUUUUGGAGCAGAGGGGCGUCUGGAAGAGAGAUGCCGCGAGUCACGACGACCAGACGUUGCUACGCUACCUACGCGCGCGCCGCUGGGCGGUCGACGACGCGUACCGGCAGUUCAAGGCGACCGAGGACUGGAGGCGCGCGAACAACAUCGACACGCUCUACCGCACAAUUGACCUGGAAGCGUACGAGCAAAGCAGACGACUGUAUCCGCAGUGGACGGGCCGCCGCGACCGCCGCGGAAUCCCCCUCUACGUCUUCGAAAUCAAAAAGCUCGACUCCAAGACGGUGGCCGAGUACGAACGGCUCGGCGCGCAGUCGACCUUCUCCGACGCCCGGACCGACGGCAGCACCGCGCCCGGGCUGCUGCGCCUGUUCGCGCUGUACGAGAACCUCACGCGCUUCAGCCAGCCGUUUUGCACGCAGCUCGCGGACCGGGAGCACCCCGACGUCCCCGUCACCAUGAGCACCAACAUCGUCGACGUCUCGGGCGUCGGGCUGCGGCAGUUCUGGAACCUCAAGGGCCACAUGCAGGCCGCCAGCCAGCUCGCCACGGCGCACUACCCCGAGACCCUGGACCGCAUCUUCAUCGUCGGCGCGCCCGUCUUCUUCGGCACCGUCUGGGGCUGGAUCAAGCGCUGGUUCGACCCCAUGACCGUGUCCAAGAUCUUCGUCCUGGGCCCGCACGAGGUCGCGCCCACGCUCGAGGCCUUCGUCGACCCCCGCAACAUCCCGCGCAAGUACGGCGGCCAGCUAGACUUUUCCUUUGGCCAGCUGCCCGUGCCGGAUCCGCACUGGGACGGCGUCGUCGCCUGGGAGGACGGGCGCUCGGCGUUCCCGAGCGGCCCGCUGCUGUGGCAAGACGUCGACGACGGGCGGAGCAUGGCCUGCGUCGCCCUCGGCAAGGACAAGGGCGUGCCUCGCAACGUCCGCGUGUGCACCGUGCCCAAGACGUGGUGGCCGCCCGCAGACGAGGACGGCGACAAGGCCGACCCGGCGACCGAGGGGACCCAGACGAACGGCCAGCUGUCCGAGGGCACGCAGACGACGGCGGGCGCGACGGCGGACGAUGCCGCGCAGACCGACGAGGCGGACGGCAUCACGGAUGGCGAGAUUGUCGAGAAGUUGAGGCUCGCCGGGGACGAGAACGGCGCUGUGCCGGUUGCGCCGACUGCUGCCGCCUAG